AUGGAGCCACUUCUACCCUCAGUGAAAAAUUUUAGACAGAUAAGUAAUAACUACAACUCAUAUACACAAAAGUUCCUCAAUGAAGAUGAGAAGGAAUUUGCAAAGAAAGUUCAGGAAGUAUGGAUCGAGUUUGCAACUGCUAAGUCUCCCGAGGAGCCAUAUUUGCCGAGAAUUACUCAAUCCACUCAUUCCACUGCCUCUGGCACGACGAUGGCUCGUGAGGAUCUUAAAGAGGGUAGGCAAAGUGAAGCUAUCGUGUUUGAAAAGACAUUCGAAGUCACCAGGACUUCAUCCUCACCUGUGACCAGGAUGUCAGACAAUGAAAUCGACUUCUACCGAAAAAAACAUGCCUUUGUUACAGAGAUGUACCAGUGUGGGAGGGGGCUGGGCUUUGGUACCCCUCCGAUCAUUAAUAUCCGCAUAACUAUAGAAACUAAUGAGUCUGUAGCGCGCAUUUGA